AUGCAUGGGAAUUUCAAGAACCACCUAAAUGCAAACGAUCAAUUAGAAUGGGACUUUUUGCGAGACAUUGGUGUUGUUCCUACGCUUGUGGAAGGCAAUGACGAGGUUAAUUUUCCAACCAAUUACAACAAGUUUUGUUAUCAAACUCUUGCUGGUGAUGUCCCAGAUUGCUCCUUCUCUAAAUUUUUGUGGAAAAAUUACGUUCCAUCAAAAGUAAGCUUUCUACUAUGGGCUGUUUACCACAAGUCUCUCCCUAAGAGAGAAAUGCUUAGGCAUCGAAGAGUAGAACUGGACAACAUUGCUUUCCCUCUUUGCAAAGAAGUACUGGAGACGUCGGAUCACCUAUUAUUGCACUGCCACUAUUUGUUCCAGCUGUGGGAUUAUUUCAUUAAGUCAAUGCAGAUCUCUUGGACGAUGCCUGCUAAAGUGUUACAGCUUUUUGAAGCAUGGGACUGUAACGUUUUGAAAGGAAAAUGCAAGAACAUAUGGAAUAUUUUGCACUAUGCUAUUAUUUGGAAUGUGGGGAAUGAAAGGAACCGAAGGGUUUUUGGUGGGAGAUCUAAGGAUGUGGAAGAAGUCAUUGUUCUAAUCAAGCAAUCGUUAGUCUUUUGGAGUUGUGACAUGAGCACGUCCAAGUUUACAGAUAGCAAUCAAAUUAUUCAUAAUUGGGAAUUAGCUUUGAAUUCUUAA